AUGUCGAAACUCUCUGAUUACCGUCUGUUGUGCUUCGAUGUUUAUGGGACCCUAGUCGAUUGGGAAUCCGGGAUCGUGAACACCUUUCAACCAAUCCUCGACAAGAACAAUUCGUCUAUUUCACGCGAGCACCUCCUGAGUGUCUACCAUGAGCUGGAGCAUGAGCAACAAGCUCAGACACCUGACAUGCCAUACUCCAAACUCCUAACCAAGAUUCAUCCCAAACUGGCCCACCGCCUCUCGCUCGCCCCGCCGACCGAGGAAGAGAGUAUCGCAUUUGGCGAAUCAGUCGGCACAUGGCCCGCCUUUCCCGACACUGUCGAUGCUCUCAAGCGUCUAUCAAAGCACUACAAACUGGUGGUUCUGUCCAACGUCGACCGGGAAUCAUUCGCCAAGACGAACGCGGGGAGUCUGCAGGGCGUCAAGUUCGAUCGCAUCAUCACCGCGCAAGACGUGGGCUCGUACAAGCCUGACCUGCGCAAUUUCGAAUACAUGUUGAAGACAGUACAGGCCGAGCUGGGGGUUGACAAGAGUCAGGUCCUGCAGACUGCGCAGAGUCAAUUCCAUGACCACCAGCCUGCCUCCAAAGUCGGGAUCAAGUCGGUGUGGAUUGUAAGACCAGGAGCUGUUAUGGGCAACACCAAGCAUACUAUCUACGACUGGAAAUUCGACACGCUGGGUGAUAUGGCCCAUGCUGUAGAAAGCGGGCAAUGA